AUGGUGGCGGAUGUUGUUUUUGUUUUAGUAGUUGAAGUUUUUGUUUGUUGUUGGAUUGAGAGCGACAACGGUAGUUUGCUGAUGGUUUCGUUUAUUUACAGCUGCGUCUCUAGUCGUCUGAUGUUUGCUAGUGUGAAGAGGGCUGUUGGGCAAUAUUCAUGUUUUCAUGUGAUUUGUUCCCCGCGCUUCCACAGUAACUAUGUUGUGGGGGUCAACAAGGCGCCUAGUUGGAUCGCGUCCCCGACAGAAAGGCGACGAAAGUUUGGUGAAGAGUGCCUUGCCGAAGGUAAAGAGCGGGAUGGCGACAUGGAUGUAGAGCUUGUUCCCGUGGACGUGAAAAAGCUUGCUUUGCCCCUGCACCUCACGGACUCGAUCCCGCAGGAUAUCGUCGAUAAUAUCGUUGCGAGAGAUAGAACACUUGUUUUCGCGCCAAACAUGAAGAUACUAGACCUGCACAGGCGGUUGUCCCGGAUGAAGUAUCGGAUAAGCGUCCAGCCGCUUGGGAAGGUGCUGCACUUCCGAUUCUUUCGGCUGUGUAAAUUGUCCAGCGGUAUGCCCGGAGAUGUUACAGUGGAAACCUUCCGCAGCAUCCAGCAGAAACUCUCCGAGUACACAAGAUUUUUGGUGAUGGAUGAACGUUGGCCACUGGAGUUGUCAUUAGAAAUUACCCCCAUUAUUGAGCAUCAACGGAAAGCAAUGCUUUGA